GUGUUGUUUCCGAUGCCUGCGCAUUGGUCAUUGGGCCCCGGAGUGUAAGUCAUCUGUGCAAUGUACUAAAUGCCCCCGUAGACAUCAUCCAAUGUUACAUAGUACGCUGACUACRGUCAUCAGUGAUAGGGACAGUAACCCAACAUGUAAUAGUCAGUUGAACCGUGAAGAAUCCACGGCACAGUCGUCUCUUUUCGGUAGUAAUGCGCAAAAUUCAUCGUCUGUCGUUCUUGGAACCGCGCUAAUUCACAUCCGUGACUGUGGUGGUAUGUUGCAUACCAAACGCGCUUUGAUUGAUUCUGCGUCCCAGAUAAGCGCGAUCACCGUGGAUUGCGCUGCCCAAUUGGGCUUAAGGGUGUCUCGUUGGACCGCCCCUAUUUCAGGUUUGUCCGGUACCUCAGUACAGAACGUAAAGGGGCAGGUAAACUGUCACAUACAACCCAGAUUCGCGACCGACCCGAUUUUAAAAUUCACAGCGUGGGUAUUCCCUACUAUUACAGCUCAGAUGCCCAGCCUGCCGAUAUCCGAUCAAGUAGCCGAUAAGUACAAAAAUCUCGCGCUCGCUGAUCCUUCUUUUGCAGUGCCUGAUAAGGUUGAUUUACUGCUCGGUGCUGAUCUUUUUGCGCGCAUCUUGGAUGGCAAACGUGUGUCGGUAGGCGACGAGUACCCAGUGGCAUUCGGGUCCGUUUUCGGGUGGAUCAUAAUCGGUCCAGUUCCACAGUCGAGUAAUCCUGUGUCCAGUUCACAUCUUGUUUCGUUGGUCUCUUCAAUUGAAUGUCUUAUGGACAAUUUCUGGCGCGUUGAGGAACCAGAAGCAGCCCCUAAUGACUUCACGUGUGACGGGCAGUGUGAAGUUAUGUUCCGUAAAAGGUGUUUCCGGGAUAGUACCGGACGCUAUGUAGUUCCUUUGUUAUUUCGCCAACCGGUGACAGACUCCACCUUUGCGGGUUCGCGUGCGGUAGCGCUCAAGCGCUUUGAGUCACUUGAACGSAAGCUCGCUUCUGAUAGCCGUCUUCGGGAGGCAUAUUGUAAUUUCAUGGCAGAGUACGUGUCAUUAGGUCACAUGUCCUUAGCAAAAACCGUGGGGUCAUACUUCAUCCCCCACCACGCGGUGUUCAAGUCUUCCGACGUCGAAGCGAAAAUUCGUGUUGUAUUUGAUGCAUCCGCGCAGCCAAGUUCGAGCGCUUCGCUCAAUCAGUGUUUAUUCUCGGGUMCCAAACUGCAACAGGACGUGAUAGAUGUGCUCGUGCUAUUUCGCCUUUCGCGUUACGCAUUUACCGCAGAUAUAAACAAAAUGUAUCGACAAAUUUUGGUAGACCCUGAACACAGGCGUUAUCAGCAUAUUUUAUGGCGCGCUUCCCCGCAGGACGCACUUCAAGCAUUCGAGUUAAAUACCGUUACGUACGGGGUGAACUGUGCUCCUUUUCUUGCCAUUCGAGUUCUUCACCAUAUCGCCGAACAUGAUUGUGGUGAUGCCCCCGCCGUACGUGACGCAUUAUUGUUCAGUACGUACGUAGACGACAUUUGUGUUGGAGGAGAUACCAUAGACGAGGCGAUCUCACUUCAGUGUGAUUUAAUAAACGUAUUAAAACGGUCCGGUAUGAGUUUGAAAAAAUGGUCGAGCAACACCAUAGAGGUGUUAAAUCAGGUGCCCCCUGAGGACCGGGCAUGUGGGUUAUUAUCAUUUGAYGAUGAAAGUGGUGGAGGUACUAAARUUCUGGGACUCCAAUGGUCGCAACGGGAUGACACUUUUAGGUACGCCGUUCAGCCCGAAAACUUAAUCACAACUAAGCGAGGCAUGUUAUCAUUAAUUGCGCGCAUAUUUGACCCGCUUGGCUUAUUAGCGCCAGUAAUAUUUUUAGCGAAACAUUUAAUGCAACGCGUGUGGCAACUCGGGAUUUCCUGGGAUGAACAGUUGCCCCCUGAAAUCGUUGUCGUAUGGAACAGAUUCGUUGCGGAUCUCCCGAUUUUACAAACA